CCUCUCCCCUGUCGCUUGUCCGCGCUGUGGUGGCCAUGUUAAGUUCGGGCAAAGACUUCGCUUCUGGGCCGUGUUUCCGCCUCCCGCUUCCUGCUGAGGGCGGUCGGCUGAGCUCCGAGGGGUCAGGACAAGAGAGAGUUGAAGAGUCCAGAGCUCGCCGUUGGGGAUUGAGGUACUCGGGAGGUGGCGAGGCUGGGGCUCUUCCGAGAGGGCUGCCUUAGCGCGCGUGACGGCCUUUGAGUUCCCCACCUGGGGACUGAACAACUCACCUGGGUAUCGGACCUCUGUCACAUGAGGGCUGGACGUCUCACCUGAGGCCUGGACCUUUCGUCUGUCCCCCACCCUUCCCACCUGGCGGCCGACCUGUCACCUGUAAACUGAGCUCUGCUCUAGGGGACCGGCUCAGUGUGUUUGGGGGCCUCAGGCAUUGGGCACACAGUGACCUACCGAAAUUUUAAAUGGCUUUGAAUGAGAAGUGAUACGCAAUUGUCUGGAUUUUAGAGAGCACCUGUUUGUGCAGCUCGUACAGUUUCAUCUGGUCUUGGGUUGACAAGUAGGCCUCGUUUGCACCAGAUCGUUUAUGUUUCCAGCUUAAAGCCACAAUUUGAACGAGUGAUUCCGACCAUUUUCGUGGAAGCCUUGGAAUCCCCAUUGACAGGGACAACAGGAUCUUUGAAGGGUACUACCUAGUCUGAGGUGCCCUCCUUCUCCAAGUCACUCUUGCUAACAGUAUGGCCCUUUUGAACUUGGCCGCUCGAAGGCGGUUAGCCAUCUAUCUGCCCAGCAGCUACCCCCAUUCCCGUGCUGGUGUUGGUCCUCAGCAGAAAGCAUCACUCUCUGGCUGGGAGGAAGUGUCCUGGCUGGGAGGAAGGAGGAUCAGGUCCAUGAAGUUUAAAGCACCACAUGACUGGCAAGAAAUCAUCAGGCAAGCCAGAAGGUUUUUGGCGCACACCUUUAAUUCCAGCACUCGGGAUGCAGAGGCAGGCAGAUCUCUGUGAGUUCAAGGGCAACAGAGCUAGUUCCAGGACAGCCAAAGCUACACAAAGGGACCCUGUCUCGAAGAACCAAAAGAAAAAGAAAAAAACCAAAUCAUCAGGCAGGCAGCCUCUGUUGUUUCUGGGCCUGCUGGUCACUGCAGCUGCUAUCCACCUUGUUGCCUGUCCCUAUACCAAGGUGGAGGAAAGCUUUAACCUACAGGCUACACAUGAUCUGCUGUACCACCAGCUGGAUAUAGACAAGUAUGACCACCACGAGUUUCCUGGAGUUGUUCCCAGGACGUUCCUUGGGCCACUGUUGAUUGCGGUGUUCUCCAGUCCUGUGGUUUGUGUGCUUUCGCUGUUGGAAGUAUCCAAGUUUUACUCUCAGUUGACAGUCAGAGGAGUCCUUGGACUUGGAGUGAUUUUUGGACUCUGGACGUUACAAAAAGAAGUGAGACGACAGUUCGGGGCCACAGUGGCUGCCAUGUUCUGCUGGAUAUCAGCCACACAGUUUCACCUCAUGUUCUACUGUACGAGGACCCUUCCCAACGUGCUGGCCCUGGCUGUGGUUCUUCCAGCCCUCACCGCCUGGCUGCAGCAUCAGUGGGCCCUCUUUAUCUGGCUCUCAGCCUUUGCCAUCAUUGCCUUCAGGGCUGAGCUGUGCAUGCUGCUGGGCCUUAUGCUGCUGCUGACCUUAUACCAAAGAAGAUUGUCUGUAGCCAGAUUGCUCCAGCAUGCUGUCCCAGCAGGGAUUCUCUGUCUAGGACUGACGGUUGCUGUGGACUCCUAUUUCUGGAGAUACCUUGUAUGGCCAGAAGGAAAGGUGCUUUGGUACAACACUGUCCUGAACAAAAGUUCCAACUGGGGCACCUCCCCACUCCUGUGGUAUUUCUACUCUGCCCUGCCCCGAGGCCUGGGCUGCAGCCUUCUCUUCAUACCCUUGGGGGCAGUGGACAAGAGGACCCAUGCACUGGCCCUGCCAAGCCUGGGAUUCGUGGCUUUGUACUCCCUCCUCCCGCAUAAGGAACUGCGCUUCAUCAUCUAUAUCUUCCCUGCACUGAACAUCAUGGCUGCCAGAGGAUGCACCUAUGUCCUGAAUAACUAUAAAAAGUCUUGGCUGUACAAGAUGGGAGCUCUGUUUGUGAUAGGACACAUCAUGGUAAAUGUGGCAUGUUCAGCCACAUCCCUCUAUGUAUCCCAUUUCAACUAUCCUGGUGGUGUUGCGAUGCAGCGGCUACAUGAAUUGGUGCCCCCACAGACAGAUGUCCAUCUGCACAUUGAUGUGGCUGCUGCCCAGACAGGUGUGUCACGGUUUCUACAGGUCAACGAUGACUGGAGGUAUGACAAGAGGGAGGACGUGCACCCUGGGGCAAAGCGCAUGCUGGACUACACACACAUCCUCAUGGAGGCAGCUCCUGGGCACCUGGCCCUCUACAGGGAUACACACCGUGUCCUGGCCAGUAUUGAGGGCACUACAGGUGUGAGUCUGACUCCGAUGAAACUGCCACCCUUUGAUGUCAACCUACAGACAAAACUGGUGCUUCUGGAGCGGCUGCUUAGGCUGGCCUGAGAGGAUGGUCGUUCACCAUGAGCCUCAAGUGGAUCCUUCUGACUCCGUGCAGACAGUUCAGGAAAACAAAGAAAAGGACCAAGGACUUCCAGCAUGCCCCUGGUGUUGACUUGUAGCAGGCAGGGCCCUGCCGUGGCCACACCUAGGGCACAGGGCUAAGAGAAUGUGGAGCCCAGGACCUACCACCAAAUGUGAUAGUGGCCUGCUCAGAACUGUCUGCCACGGUUAGGUGGCCCACAGGAUCAUUUAUAUUAAAAUUGGGAACCAUUCAUAACCAAUGGGACAGUGAGCCAGGCUAGAGCACCCUGCCACCCUAGCUCUGCAGUGACCCUCAGUGUGUACGUCCUGCUCUGGAACCACACUUGUUGCCAUGGCCUCAGGAGAGCGUCCUAGAAACCCGGAGCUUCGGCACAGGGCAGCCCCAGCACCCGUUAUUACAGCCGUUGAUUCUUAGGACAUAAGCAUGUUUAUAAAAGAACAGAAAUAAAAAUUAUGCUU